AUGUCUUUCUCCGGCCGCCGCCUGAGCAUCCUGCGCCCCUCCAACCGCCGCUUCUCGGUCGGAAAGGAGCUGUCAGAGAACGGUGCGUCGUCGAUCGUCUUGGUUUUCCUCUAUUAUCUCCGCAACGCAACUGACAUCCCAUGCCAUGCAGAACUCAAGUCCGAAACUCACCGUCAGUUCCGAAGCGCCCACGAAGGUCACCGUCCCCAUGCCGGCCUGGAUGCCUCCCGAGCCUCCACGGGUGUCGUCUGGUGUACCGAGCGUGCCACCGAACACGGUUACGCAGAGGAUCCCCACUCCUGGGCCAACCUGGGCCAGGGAGCACCUGAAGCCGACGAUGAGAUCGAGGGCAGUUUCCCCCGCCCUACCAGCAUCCCCAUCACCUCCGCUGCGCGUGAGUACGGUCCGACCGCUGGUAUCAAGCCUCUGCGUGCUGCCGUCGCCCGUCUGUACAAUGAGCACUACCGUCAGGGCAAGGAGAGCCAGUACACCUGGGAGAACGUCUGCAUUGUCCCCGGUGGCCGUGCUGGGUUGAUCCGUAUCGCCGCUAUUCUGGGCAACUCCUACUUGUCCUUCCCUAUUCCCGACUACUCGGCCUACUCGGAGAUGCUGUCGCUGUUCAAGAAUAUCGCUCCUAUCCCCAUUCCCCUCGCCCAAGACGACCACUACCACAUCCACCCCGAUAAGAUCGCCGAGGAGAUCGCUCGUGGAACGUCGGUGCUGCUGACCUCCAACCCUCGUAACCCGACCGGACACUUCGUUUCCAACCCCGAGCUUGCACAGAUUCAGGACAUCUGCAGAGAUCGCGCCACCCUGAUCCUGGACGAGUUCUACGGCGGUUACAACUACACCACUGACUGCGACGGAACGACCAUUAGCGGUGCCACGAACGUGGAAGACGUCAACAAAGAUGAUGUGCUUUUGAUUGACGGUCUCACCAAGCGUUUCCGUCUGCCGGGCUGGCGUAUUGCCUGGGUUGUUGGCCCCAAGGAGUUCGUCGAUGCUCUCGGCUCUGCGGGUUCCUACCUGGACGGUGGUGCUAACGCGCCCUUCCAGGAAGCCGCUGUUCCCAUGUUGGAGCCCUCUCUUGUGCGUGCGGAGAUGAAGGCCCUGCAGGUGCACUUCCGUGAGAAGAGAGACUACGUUGUCGGACGUCUGCGGGAGAUUGGCUUCCGCAUCCAGGACGUGCCCCAGGCCACUUUCUACAUCUGGCUCGACCUGACGGCUCUGGACCCUCCUCUUCCCAAGGAGGCCAACCUUUCCGACGGACUGAACUUUUUCAAUGCCCUGCUGACCGAGAAGGUCAUUGUGGUCCCUGGUAUCUUCUUUGACCUGAACCCUGCUCACAGACGAGACCUGUUUGACAGCCCUUGCCACCACUUCGUUCGUCUGAGCUACGGACCGAAGAUGGAUGUGCUGAAGAUGGGUCUGGACGGUAUCGAGCGGGUCAUCCGCCGGGCUCGGGCGCAGUUCGAGCCCAAGUGGGAGGAUGAGGUGGCCAUCCAGGACGACUAA